CGGUAGUCCCGGGCCAUAUUGGCCCGUUCCUGUCCGUCCCCUCCUGCCUGGCACCCCUGUCCAAGGGGUUCUGCCGACCAGAGGAUUUCCGCCAUCCAACCCCCCCUUCGGCCCCCCAACCAUUCCACCCCAAACUUUGAGAGUGCCUUGUCAAUGUCCGCCCAGCUGUGGGCCAUAUCCAUUUUUUGCUUGGCCACCUGCCAUUGCAACGGUGGCCAGAAUGGCUCUGGUACCGGCGCUACUCCUCUUCUUACUCUCCCCGCUAACAACAAUUCCGGAGUUGGUACUGUUGCUCCUGCGCAAACUUACUCUGGUCAGGGUAACGGUAGUGGGUGGUUGGGGAAGCGGGUGUAUACGCUUGAAGAGCGAGUCGUGAAGAUUCGUCAGCAGCACGAGGCGGAAGAAGCAAGGGAGAAGGCGCGGAAAGAAGAAGAGGAAAGAACAAAGCGGAAACAAGAGGAGGACGAAAGAUUGGAGCGGGAGAAGAAGGAACGGGUUGAGUUCCAGAAAUCGAUCAAGCAGGAACUUGCCGAUAGUCUGAGUAAAGUCUAUUUGGCUAUAGACGGAAAGAAGAAGGGCGAACCGGAUGAGUUGGAGAAAUUGAGGUCAACGGUUGAAGGACUGCAACAAAGGAUAGCAGGCGGUAGCACGUCUACGGAUAAAUCGCACGAAGCCGCUGUUGGAGAACUGGCGCGGAUUCGGCGUGAGCAAGCUGAUUUGAAGGUUGACUCGGACAAGCGCUUAUCGGCGCUAGAGGAGGUGGUGAUGGCGUUGCAACGACAGUGUGAGGAAGCAGAGGCCACGGCGGAGCGCUGGAAAGCGGAGGCUCUCAGGCCUGGUAACAAGCGCGGCAGCAUUGCCGUGGGCGCUACUCCAAUUUCGCAAGCUCGUGUGCGAACUCGUCUCGGGGGGGCCGAAUCGCCCAAGGGGCAUAUUGAAACUCCGAGGCGACACGUAGAGGUUGACUUGAAAGGUAUUGUGGAAAGAUACCAGAUGGAGGUGGAGGCAUUGCAGACGCUGCGCAUCAACGAGAUGAACGCUCGCAAGGAAUUGGAGCUAGAAGUGGAGAAGCUGAAAGAGUCGUUAGCUCGAUUGGAGAUGGAGAAGAGAAUUUCGAUGCGGGGCACUAAUUUGAAGGCUAGGAUGGAUGAGGCUGCGGCAAACAAAGAUAAGACAUAUGGAGGCAUCCGGAGUGACGUGGGAACGUCCGCCAGAAAGACGGGAGAGAAAGAGUCAAAUGUGGCAACCAAUUCAGAUGACUGGGACACGUUUGUGCGUGCUAAUCGAAAGGAUUUGCGCGGCAGGAAUAAGGAUUUCGUGAUGAAGAUCUGUGAGAAAGAAGGCGUGGAGUAUACCACGCUCGAUCCAACCAAGGAGGCAAUCGUGCAAGCCAGAGCAGCAAAGGUAUUUGACGAUGAAGGGAGGAAAGGUAAGAAAGCGGUCACCGUGAUGGUGUCGGAUGACGGGGAAGGUCAGGCCGCAACAGAGGAACGUGAUGAUUUUGCUGCGUCUUAGUAUUUUUCCCGAGCACGGCCUUGUUAUGGGAUUUAGUACAUUUCUGUUGCACUAUACGGA